AUGGACCGGAGGACCGUUCCUGGGAACCAGCAGCCAACGUCCACACGCCUGCCUGCCUCCGAGAUUUCCAUGCGGCUUGCAGCAGCCCAGGUGUUGGCAGAGGAAAGAAGAAGCCAAAGUCGUGCUAGUCCUGUUCCAGUCCAGUCUCCAGUUGGUAUGAAAUCUUCAACCAGGCCAGUGAUUGAUGGGUCCACUUUGAGAACAGAAGAGAGGCAAAGGCUGGCCAGGGAACGGAGAGAGGAGCGCGAGAAGCAGCACGUGGCCAAAGAAACACAGAUAUUGGAAAAGGAGAAAAAGGCCAAACUCCAGUAUGAGAAGCAAAUGGAGGAGAGACAGAGAAGACUGAAGGAACAGAAGCUGAAGGAGCAACAAAGGAGAGUAGCAGUAGAGGAAAAGCAGAAACAAAAGCUGGAGGAGGAGAAGGAGCACUAUGAGGGAGUGCUGCAUUGGACCCUGGAGCGGAGCCAGCGGCUGGAAACCCGACAGAAGAGAUGGUCGUGGGGUGGCUCUGUGACCUGGCAAAAUUACAAGCCUGAGUCGCCAAUUCCAGAUGAAGGCAGCAAGCGCUCUACCUCCUCAGCAAACCUCAAGCAAGGGGAAACUGUCAUCAAUAAGCACCUUUCAUCCUCCGCAGCACGUCUGAAUUCUCCCAGCAAGGGCUCAACUAAAAGAAGUUCUUCGUUAAACAGACUGAAUAACAAAGUUCCUCCAAAUUCUGAGCAGCAAGAAUCCAAAGGUUUGCAUGCGGAGCAGAAAGCUCGCCAUUCCCAAGUCAGUCCUCUGGAGAGCAAUGUGCUCAGCUGCCUGCUCACCCCCACCCAGGCCUCCCUACCUAGGAGUAAAAGUGCCGCCACCUUGUCAGCUGAUGGCAAAGAUCCCUCAGCUCCCAGCAGCGCUGUCAGUUCCCCGGCCCACAUGCCCAAAGUUCCCAUGUGCCGCUGCAGCACGGACCGACUGAAGGCGGCCGCCUCUCUGCCAGGAAACAUCUCACCAGAAACGGCACAGAAAUCAGAACCCACAAAGCAGCCCUUAUCUACUGGGAGACGCACUCCGUUGCCAUCUUUGCCCGGUCCCAGGCGGUCUCCCUCUCCUGCCAGUGUGGUUAAACGCACUCCGUCUCCAAUGGCAAUCAGGCAAAAGUCUCAUCCAAGUUCACCCAAAAGACAGUGGCCACCAUCUCCUGUUUUGGUCUCCAAUCCAGCGCCAAUCCAGCGUCCGUCCAUCACCCCGAACAUCAUUAACGUUGCCAAAAAGCAAAGUGACCUAGCGUGUCUACCAAAGGAGAGGGUGGAGGAUCCCGAGGGUCAGGAUCCUGGCUCGGCGGCCGUGCCAACGCCUGGCUGCCAACGUCAGGGCACAGCAGCCAGGCCAAGGAGCAGUAAAAAUGCAAGUAGCAAAACCGCUCCGGCGACCACAACAGCUGAAGACGCAGCGAGGAUCUUGGCUGAGAAGCACCAUCUUGCGAGGGAGCAGAGGGAGUACGAAGACCAGGAGAGAGCUCAAAGAGAAGAGGAGGAAAGGUGGGCUGCUUUGGAAAGUCAGAAGGACACCCAGUGCCGGAUUUACGUAUAA